CCUGUGGUGAGUGUUGCUAGAGGGGAUAUCCUGUGCUACCAGCAGAAGGCUACCAAUUUCCAUGAGAUGCAGCACGGAGCGAGCUUUUGAAGCGAAGGACUAUCUGGAGCUCACUUCUGUUGGUUCCUGCAAGAAACUAUAAGCAGGAUAAAGCAUGACGACGCAGCUGUAUCAGGAAAUUGAUGGCUUCUGCACUCCAAAUGCGUUUCGAGAGGAAAACUUUCGCUCUGCGAUGCAAUACAGGGCGCGCGAAGGAGACAUCUUCAUCGUUACCUACCCAAAGUGUGGGACCACAUGGACCCAGUACAUCCUGUGCAACAUCAUGACUCGCGGAAGUCCACCUUCGAAUAUAGACGACUACGACCUCAUGACUCCUUUCCUCGACGCCAGGGGAGCCGAAGCUGUGCAGAAUCGAUUUAAACAAGGUCCCAUCGUGACCCACCUUCCAAGCGGUGUUCUUGAACCCGUACACGGGGCCAAGUACAUUUACGUCGCCAGGAACCCGUACGACUGCGCCGUCUCGUACUACCAUUUCCUCAAGGGGUUCAAACCGAACGCAUUCCCAGACUUCGGCAACUUCCUGGCCAUGUUUCAGUCUGGAAAGGUUCCAUACGGCGAUUACUUUGACCACCUGCUGUCCUGGUACGGCCAUCGAGACGACGCGAACGUCCUGUUCGUAACGUACGAGGAUCUCAAGACAGACAGCAGGACGCAGCUUCUCAGGAUCGCUGAUUUUCUUGGCAAAGACCACGGUGCAGCGCUACGCCAAGACGAAGCGUUACUCCGACGUGUUCUCGACGCCUGCCGCCUAGAGAAGAUGAAGACGUUUAUCAAGGACAACCCUGUGGACAGGUUUAAAUCAGACCCGCCCAAAGUAUGCGUAGCACGUGAGAAAUGCGCGAACCCUGUUAACGAUACCGCAAUGAUGACGAUCCCAGCCAUCGAAGGUCGCCUACUUUUCUACGAAAAGGCAUUGUGGGAGACUGGAAGAACCACUUUACGAGUGAACAACUACAAAAAACCAAAGCCUGGAUUGUGCGAAAGACGGCCGGUAGUGAUGUCAUGAACCUGUGGCAUGACACGGGCCUUCCUUUGUAGUAAUGUUGAUGUAUGCGUAGACAUCCCUGCUGCAUAACCUUCUACGUUUAAUACAUCAAUUCAAUCUUUGAUUCAGAAAUUGGAAGUACGCUGACGCACCUGGCGUCGCAACGUGUGACCUCCAAUUAUUCGAUGAAUUUCCUUGCUCCAGCGAUGCUCUUAUCUACGUUUGUGCCCCAUUGAAAUUUCGGUGUUCUUGCCUGGUCUUAGCACAUAGAGCCGAGCUAGAUUCCCGGGCCUCGUUUCACGUUAUAAUCAUGCUCAUGCAGCGACCGUUGACACAGCUUCUUCUAUGGCGAACGUAGUAACUUCCGCACGAGAGCAAGAAUUUAUGCACAGUGCCGUGUCCCUAAAUGACAUAUGGCUUAGAAUGUUUAGUUUGUCAGCCGCUUGUUUCCUGGACGCCAUGCUUCGUCGUUGUGCAUACACCUAGAAAUUAGGUGGGGGGGGGGGGGGGGGGAGAACACCCCACGCGCGUUCAUACACUGGCCAGCCUUCUUUAGGUGACGUGACAAAGCACGAAUGCAUAGCAAAACGGCCACCCUCUGCCUCGAACUCAGUUGCUGGCCGAAAUUCGACUGAAUAUACGCGUGUUGGUAUUCAUCUGUGCCUUUCUUAUUUUUUUAAUAAUGGCACUCUUAGGUGACUAACUCAAAAAUUCUGUUCGUAGGUCUCUCGGGCCGUCCGUUAAGCGUAACACGAUGCUCUCCAUAAAGAAAAUAAAACAAAAAAUUUGAAGAAAAAACUUUAAAAAACGCUUGCGGUGUUAAAUUUCGAACUCAGGAGCCGAUUCUCAGAAGCCGAGUGUCUUACUCACUCGGCUAAACACCCACUUUUUCCAACAUGCUAUUUAUUGCAAUGUAGGAUAUGAU